AUGACUUCAGAUCUCGAACUUUCCCAAACCUUCUCCUCCAACGGCUGGGCCAUCAGAUACGGCGUCUUCGGCGCAGAAAAACCACACGACCAGACGGUUGUGUUUGUUCACGGAACACCAUGGUCUUCAGCUGUUUUCAAACCGCUUGCGAAAGCGCUCCUGGGCAGAGGCGGAUAUCGUAUAGUGUUAUAUGAUCUAGCGGGAUAUGGCCAGUCGCAGGAUUUCACUCAGGAUAAUCCGGCAAAAUAUGGCGAAUUGUUCGCAGGCGAUACAUCAGUGCGAAUGCAGGCCUCUGUCCUGGCCGCUUUGCUCAAACACAUUCGUCUCGAUCAAGACGAUUCCCCGGCCCUAAUUGCGCACGAUAUCGCGGGGGCUAUCGCUUUACGCACAAGCUUACUCCAUGGCUGCAAAUACCGCAGCCUGCUGCUUCUCGACAUCAAUGCUGUGCUUCCGUGGGGAGAUGGCUUCUACAAGUUGGCUCGCUCCGAAGCCAAAACAUUCCUCCAGCUCCCUUCCAGUGUCUUCGAAGCGGUUGUGCGGGCGGUAAUUCGUAGCGCUUCUCAUGCGCCAAAAGAGUUCAGCCAUGCGUGGGAAGACAUUCUCGCCGAACCUUGGGUCGACGUCGACAGCUCUGUUGCUUGCGCAAAGCAAAAUAGUUUCGUAAGACAGAUUGCGCAGGCAAACGAUGCUGAUGUUGCGGAGAUGCUCGACCAAAACCUUUACGAGAAUAUUAGAUGCCCCAUAAAGAUCAUGUGGGGCGAGCAGGAUCAAUGGAUACCCAGGGAGAAGGUGGAGCGUUUGGCUGGUUUGCUGAAAGAUUCAGUCAAGGAGUUUGUGGUUGUGCCGGAUGCUGGGCAUUUGGUAAUGACCGACCAGCCAGAGAGGGUAGCGAUUGAAAUUUUCGACUGGCUGAUGAAGACUUGA